AGGUUGUCAAGGGCAUAUGCAUCAAGAACAAUAAGCCUGCAAGCAGUGUUACAGUCUUGGGUUCGUGUUCUUUCCUCAAUAGUAAGAUCGGAGCUCCUCGUGAAGGAUUAGUCCUUUGAUUGGUACAAGAUGUCGUUCCCUGCCACAGGAGGACCUCAUGACUUCAGUGAUGAUGGAGGCCUCGAGGAGAGCUCGCCACUCCAGAAGCAGAUGCACCAGCUGUACAUGCGUUUUACCACGCUCAAGGAUUCCACUGCCCCUCAUACUGGUGCAAGAUGGAUAGGGACAGCGGUCCUAUUUAUCAUUUACUGCAUCAGAAUAUUUCUUAUAAAUGGAUGGUAUAUUGUCACUUACGGAUUAGGAAUCUACAUCCUGAAUCUUGGCAUCGGCUUUUUAUCGCCGGCGUCUGAUCCAUCUGCAGAUGGAUCUGUCCUACCCACCAACGAAGCUGAUGAAUUCAAACCUUUUGUUAGGAAGCUGCCUGAGUUCAAGUUUUGGUAUGGGGUGACGCGCGGGAUUGUGAUUGCGUUCUUCAUGACCUUUUUCUCUGUGUUCAACAUUCCUGUUUUUUGGCCGAUUCUCGUUUGCUAUUUCUUCGCCCUGUUUAUCAUGACGAUGCGCCGACAGAUUCAGCACAUGAUCAAGCACAACUACAUUCCGAUUACUCUUGGAAAGCCCAAGUUCAAAGGAAAAGAUUCUACGUAGGGCCUACUAUCUUCAAGAAUCUUAUACACCACAACUUUACUCGU